GACACAGGAUAAGCACCCAGUAAAUCGAAACCUGGAACAGUUGACUGCAAGUGAAGUGAAACUGGCAGAGUUGUUGUGGAUAAAGUCCAGUCAAAGCUUAUCAUUUGAUAAGGAGAUUUCGUUCAUCAUUUCGAGAAAUGCGAAGUCAACUCCACCAGUUUAUGUGAAUCAAUUUGGAUUGUUUCUCGACGAUGAUCAUGUCUUAAGGUGCAAGGGUAGAUUAAACAAUGCGUCAUUGAACCUGGGGAGCAAAAAUCUAAUUUUGCUUCCAAACAAAUCAAAGUUUGUUGAGUUAUUAAUACGCGAAGUUCACGAUAAGAUUAAACACAGUGGACUACGAGACACCUUGACGACUAUACGUGAGCGUUUUUGGUUAUUACGUGGUCGUGAGGCAGCGAAAAGAGUCAUCAAGAAAUAAUGUGUGAUUUGUCGAAAGGCCGAAGCGUUGCCUUAUGGAGCUACAGCGCCUCCAGCUCUUCCAGCUAGCAGAGUAUCAGAUGAACGCCCUUUUACCAACGUUGGUUUGGCCUUCGCGGGACCAUUGUUCGUUUGAGAGAGUCGUGAGCUAGAGAAGUCGUCGGAUAAUUCGAGUAAGGUAUAUGUUCUAUUGUUCACAUGCGCAUCGACAAGGGCAGUGCAUCUUGAACUUACCCCAUCAUUAAGUUUACCAGCCUUUCUCAGAGCAUUUACAAGAUACGCAAGUCGAAGAGGUUUACCCGCUCUCCUCAUAUCAGAUAAUGCGAAAACAUUUCGUGCAGCAUCAGCAGAGAUUCGAAAAUUGUGUCGUGCCGACGAAGUAUUGCGCUAUCUUACGAACAAUCAAAUCACGUGGCAGUUUAUCGUAGAAAAGGCCCCUUGGUGGGGAGGAUUUUGGGAGCGAUUUUCUUACGACAAGCUCCAAACACUCAUGGUUGAAAUCGAGGGUAUAGUGAAUGAGCGACCAAUAACGUAUGUGUACGAUGAUACGGAAUAA